AUGAAAUCUAAAAUUACAGGACUCAUUUAUGAUAAAGCUUAAGAAGAAUAAUUAAACUUAGUGUUAUUAAUAGAAAAAUUGCCAAUUGACAUUGAAAAUCUAAAUUGGUUAAUGAUAAAUUUAUGUUCAAGUAUUUUUUGAAUUAACUUGAGUUUUACUUGAAUUAGUGAAAAGAAAAUAUAUAAAGUUUCCUCAAAUUGAUUUAGAGACAAUUUACAUUAGUAAAAAUGUUGAAAAUCCUUUACCUUAUAUUUUAUCAUAUGUAAACAUUUAAUUACCAUAAGGAAAAAGAGAAGUAUAUGCAUUAAAAUAAAUGACUAAUAUAUGUAUUUUUAUUAUAAUCAAUUUAGUAAUUAAAUUAUGAAGAAUCUAAUUAUGAUGAAUCAUAUGAUACUCUACAAAAAGUAUAAAGUAAGUUAUUAUCAAAAAUUGGAUAUAUUGAUAGUUUUGGAAUUGAUUUUUACAAAAAUUUUCGAGUUUACUUAAUUUAAAAUAAACCGAAUAUAUACAUUUAUAACCGGGUAUCACAAGAGUAGAUUCUAUAUAAGUACCUCUAUUUAUUUUGA